AUGGGUAGCUCUGUCAGUUCACCAUCUCUCACCAUCAGUUAUGCUGUAUCUGGUGACGAAGGCUAUUAUAUCUGUACUGCAACUAAUAUUGUUGGAACCGGAACCAGUCAACAGACAUUCCUAGAUGUCACAGGGAACAUCCCUAUAGUUAAUGUUGGUCAGAAUCUGUACUCUGGUAGCUUCGGACAAACUGUUACAAUGGUAUGUACAGUACAAGCUAAUCCAACAGAAACCAGUGUUUACUGGAGAAAAAUUAUAAACGGGCAAAUGACAAAUACAGAUAUGAACAAUGUGCGAUAUACAGGUUCGACUGUAGGUUCGCCAUCACUUACCAUUACUGCCUUGGAGUUAUCCGAUGAGGGAUACUUCCAAUGUAAUGCUCAGAAUAGUGUGGGUACUGGUAGUAGUCAACAAACAUUUUUAGAUGUGAUUGGAAAUAUACCUGUUGUUACUACGCCUACAGCAUCAUAUACAAUCUAUAUAGGCGAUCUUGUUACCUUAACAUGUACCGUGACAGCUUACCCACAACACACUAGCGUAUACUGGCAGUAUAUAUCUAGUGGUUCAUCUACAAAUGUGAACAUUGGUGGAAGAUUCAGCGGAUCAUCCAUCAGCUCCCCAUCUCUGACAAUAUCCAAUGCACAGUUAUCAGACCAGGGAACAUAUGUGUGCUAUGCUACAAACAGCAUAGGAACAGGACAAAGUACCCAGGUUGUAAUGGUUGUUACUGGCAAUGUUCCUAGUGUAAACCUCACUCAGACAUCUUUCACUGGAAAUUAUGGAGAUACAAUUACACUUGGUUGUACUGUAUCUGCUAGUCCCGUUGUUACCUCUGUUUACUGGCAGAAAGUUUCGGGAAGUACAACUUCCACUGUAGACAUGUCUAACUCCAGAUAUACAGGAUCAUCUGUCAGUACACCAUCCCUUACCAUAACUAACCUCAAUAGUAAUGAUGCAGGAAAUUAUGUUUGUCUAGCAGCUAAUUCUGUUGGAACUGGUCAGAGUAUAACAGGACCUUUAACGGUUGUUGGAAACGUCCCUGUAGUUACACUACGGCAAUCAACAUCUUCAACAAACAUUGGAGAUACAAUUACACUAGCUUGUGCAGUAUCUGCAAACCCAGCACACACUGCUGUUUACUGGACACGGCAGAGCAACAAUGGCAAUACGGAAACUUUGAACCCUGCUUCUUCUACAAAAUAUUCUGGAUCAACAACACAGUCAGCCUCCCUUACUAUUAACAAUGUAGACACAUCUGAUGAAGGCAAUUAUAUAUGUCAUGCAACUAAUGCUUUUGGCACAGGUCAAAGUUCACAGACAUUCUUAGAUGUAACCGGAAAUGCACCUACAUCCAUUGCUAUUAUUCCCAGUCCAAUAACUGUAAAUGAAGGCCAGACUGUAACAGCUACAUGUACAGCCCAAGGAAGUCCAACGAUAACAUACACCUGGUUUAAGGACAAUACCAAUACACAGUUGUCCACAGGUUCUGUCCUUCAGAUCAUAUCCUCCACACGGACAGAAGCUGGAACGUACCUAUGUAGGGCUACCAACGCCUUUGGCAAUGCUGACGCAGCGGUAACUAUAGAUGUUCAGUAUGUACCAGAUGUAACUAUCAUACAGCCGUCUCAAAGAUUUGAAGGACAGGCUGUUACAAUACAGUGUUCCUACGUUUCUAACCCUGCAGCUACUAAUAUUGUAUGGAGAAAAGAAAACCAAGACAUUACAGUUGAUGGUAACAAAUACGUCGGUGGUACCUUGUCCAAUCCUAGCCUUACAAUCACUAACCUAGCUUCUUCUGAUCAAGGAUUAUACAGAUGUUCAGUAGUCAACUCUGUGGGACAAGAAUAUUCAUCAUCUGUCACUCUUUCCGUUGAUGCACCAAUUUCGGGACCAGCUGCAUCAUUGAGUGACUCGUCAGAAUUGUCUAUUGGAGAAAUAGUCGCAAUCGUCUUAUCCAUUCUUAUUUUGCUAUUGUUAUUCAUCGUUGUAUGCUGUUGUUGCAAAGGUUACUGUGUUCCCUUGUGUGGUGGACAGACAGGCAAGGUUACUCCACAAGAAGAUCAUGAGAGAGUCCAGAAACAAAUGUUCUACAAAGAUCCACCUGAAUCGGUUUUUUAUCUUCAUAAAUUAAAAAUACCAAAAUUUUACGAGAUUCCGAAACAAUCCGAUGAAUACGAUAUUACCAAGUACAUUUUCCUUACGCCUAGGGAUGAAAAAGAGUUGUUGACAUUAAAUCGUGCCAAAGACAACACGUCUGAAUCAACUACAGGAACACUUCAACAAUACUAUCUGCACGAUGUUGAGUAUACAAAUGAUAUGGAAUUAAAGCCAAAACGACAAAAGGAUAGAAGAAGAAGGCAUUACGAACGUUUUUACGAUGAAGAAUUGCGUGAUAACGAAAUAUGUGUAGGAGAUAGGAGAGAAAUUGUGAGAAGUUAG